AUGAUUGACGAAACGAUACGAAGAGUCAACGGCUAUGAGCACAAUGCCUACACCUAUUAUCCAGUCAUUAUCGUCGGUGCAGGGGCAUCGGGCAUUGCUAUGGCGUGCCAAUUGAAGCAGCAGCUUGGUUUCGACCAGUUCCGCGUAUUCGACCGCCAGGCGGGUAUCGGGGGCACAUGGUGGAUCAAUCGCUAUCCUGGUGUAGCCUGUGACGUCCCCGCGGUCUUCUACUCCUUUUCCUUCGCACAGAAUCCUACUUGGACAUCCUUCCACCCGCCCGGCGAAGAGAUCGUGCGCUAUUACCACGAGGUCUGUGAACAAUAUAAGAUCACGGAUAAGAUCGAGCUCAAUACCGACAUCGAAGGAUGCAGGUGGCUGGAAGACGAGCAGUUAUGGGAGGUGAAACUUCGGCGAAUGAUGGCAGGCAUAGGCGACCUUUCCGCGAAGGACCGCCAGAAGAUUGUAGAUGAGAAGGGCGAACACGCUGCAUACUCUGAGACCGAGAUCGUAAAAGCAAAGGUCGUAGUGAGCUGUGUAGGCGGACUUGUCGAGCCCAAGGGAUGGCCGGACCACAUCCCUGGCAUUGAAAACUUCCGGGGGCAGAUGUUCCAUUCUGCUCGGUGGGAUGAUACUGUGGACUUCAACGACAAGAACGUGGUCGUUGUGGGCACUGGAUGCAGUUCCGCACAGCUCGUCCCGCGAUUGCCCAACGCACCAUAUAAUGCAAAGUCGGUCACCCAGCUCAUGAGAUCUCCACCAUGGGUUGUCCCUAGCGCCCUGCCCCCGGGAGGUGACGAGUGGUGGGAGAAGAACAGUCCAAAGCUAUUGAAAACUGUACCAGGGCUGAAAGAGUUGCUUCGAUUCCUUAUCUUCGCCAGUGCUGAGGGAGAAUUUCUCAAGCUUUUCCCGAACACACAAUACGCAGUGAAGCACAGGAAGAUAUACGAAGAGAAGCUGAUGACGCACAUGAGGAAGUGUGUACCAGAGAAAUACUGGAAAGUCAUGACACCCGAUUAUGGCGUCGGAUGUAAGAGAAGGAUCUUCGACAAGCGAUGGUUACAAAGCCUGAAUGACCCGAAGAUCGAACUCACUACACAGCCUCUAGCACGUGUUACCGAGACCGGCGUGAUAAUCGGUCCUGGUGCUACGUAUCCGAAGAAUGUAAAUGAGGUGGACUACCCUGAGAGAGAGGUUCCUGCCGAUGUCAUUGUUCUAGCCAACGGCUUUGAUACCACGCGGUGGUUGCAUCCCCUCAAGGUCGCUGGAAAGGGGGGCGAAGAUCUCGUACAGGUCAUGGAAGACCGUGGAGGUGCGCAAGCUUACCAGGGCACGGCAGUGGACGGCUUCCCGAAUUUCUUCAUGAUCUUUGGGCCGAAUACUGCCACAGGUCAUUCGUCAGUUGUCAUGGCGAGCGAAAACAUGGUGAACUUCUCCCUAAAGUUCAUCAAACUCAUUCUCAACAACGAAGCCACGACCGUAGAUGUCAAACACAAAGCCGAAGUAGCCUUCACAACCGACAUCCAAGCCGCGCUGAAAAACACAGUCUGGACAAGCGGCUGCUCGAGCUGGUACUAUACCGAAGACGGCUGGAACUCGACUGUGUAUCCGUACACUCAAGUGGAUUUCUGGCGCCGUUGUACUUUUCCCAAGUGGGACGACUGGAACAUUGCUUACACGUCUAAGGGUAUAUGGAAUAUAAGACGGACCAAAGCAACCCGUCUUUUGAGUGUCGCCUUAGCGGUUGUGGGUGCGUAUCGCGCGAGGCAGGUUGGAUUGGGCCUUAAGGAUAUCAAGGCCGUACUGCGAAAACUCGUGCAAGGCUUGCUCAUGCGACUAUCGCAGCUUUGGACUGUGGUGAGGAGUCAUAUUAAGGCUUGAGGGAAAUGAUGUAUGUAUGAUAUGCAGAUUGAUAAUGCCCUGUCUGCGUUUCUUUCCUAUUACGAAUGUAUGUGUCAGACAACUUCUCCUACAAGUUUGAAACUCUCCAGGAUACACACAUUAGGCAGUUGAUUUGUUGCAGAUGUUGUCGUCUUUCCUGGAGACAGAUUCUCUCUGAUCAACAUGCACAUGUGAUCAAGCAAUUGGGGGUGUUAGGCUCGCUGAAUUCGAUCCUUCUAUGAGCCUUGUAUGCUCAUCAACCCCUCAUCCAAGUUAAUACUAUAAUAUGCAAGCAAAACCACCCCGUGUGCUCCACAAAUGUAAUAAAAGAAGAAAACUGUAUGACUAGUCCAACCCAAGGCCCUCAUACAAUGGCAUUGUCUUCACGCGGCAUA